ACGCAGCCGGGGGAGGGGAAGCUGCGGCGGUGACGACGUGGAAAGAUGGACGCAGCCUGAUCCCGGUGGAGCCAAGGGGUGUGUGGGGUGUCCGGAGAGCGAGCCGGCCCGUCCGACCGUCAACCGCGCGGGGCGGGGAGCGACAGCCGCUGCCCCUCACCCCCUCCCACGGGAGCAGGAGCCAGGUAAUAGUAGUAGGCAUCCAUCAGUCUCCAGAGACAAUGGGUAUGCGUCCCUGAGAGGUAAAGAAUUUACUCAGUUGGUUUUAUGGCAUCCGCAAACGUGGCUGAAGAGACCCACUUGAGAGAGAGAAUCUCUGCUGCAUCUGUCACAUUUAAAGUGCUCUAAUCUACCUUGUUUAAAGGAAAAGAGCAUCCGUUUGGCUCAUUCUGGCAAUCUUCAAGUUCCAAAGGCUUCUGUUGAAGGAAUGAAGCUUUAAAAAGGAACUUACAAAGUAAGAAAAUGGGUGCAAACAGUAGCAGCAUUUGUGAGCUCCCAGAAAAUGUGUACUUAAAAAGAUUAUCAGGAGCCGAGGCUGUCUCUGAGAAUGACCCAUUCUGGAAUCAGCUGCUUUCUUUUAGCUUUACUGCCCCAACAAGCAGUGCUGAGUUAAAGCUGUUGGAAGAAGCCACCAUCUCAAUCUGCAAGUCUUUAGUUGAGAACAAUCCUCGAACAGGAAAUCUUGGGGCAUUGAUUAAAGUCUUCCUUUCCAGAACCAAAGAGUUAAAAAUUUCAGCGGAAUGUCAAAACCAUCUUUUUAUUUGGCAGGCCCACAAUGCAUUGUUCAUUAUUUGCUGUUUGUUAAAAGUGUUCAUAUGUCAGAUGUCAGAAGAGGAACUGCAACUUCAUUUUACUUAUGAGGAGAGAAUGCCAGGCUCAUAUGAGACAAACAGCGUUUCCUUUUAUUCUGUUUCAGGAGUGGAAUGUGAAGACCUUAUAGAAGAGUUGCUGUGUUGCCUCAUUCAGCUCAUUGUUGAAAUUCCCCUUCUAGACAUAACAUACAGCAUUUCCCUGGAAGCUGUGACGACACUUGUUGUCUUCCUUUCCUGCCAACUAUUUCACAAGGAAAUUCUGCGAGAGAGCGUCAUUCAUAAAUACCUGAUGCGUGGCCGAUGUCUCCCAUACACCAGCAGACUUGUGAAAACAUUAUUAUAUAACUUCAUUAGACAAGAGAGAAGCCCUCCCCCAGGUUCCCAUGUCUUCCAGCAGCAGACAGAUGGAGGAGGAUUGCUUUAUGGUUUUGCAUCUGGGGUGGCAACUGGCCUGUGGACGGUAUUCACAUUAGGUGGAGUAGGAAGUAAACCAGCACCACAGCAGGAACAGUCAUCACCGUUAGCUAAUCAGAGCCUUCUGCUUCUGCUUGUGCUAGCUAAUUUGACUGAUGCUCCAGAUACACCAAACCCGUACAGACAAGCUAUUAUGUCCUUCAAGAACACACAAGAUAGCACUGCUUUUCCUUCACCAAGUCCACAUGCUUUCCAGAUUAAUUUUAACAGUUUGUACACCGCUUUGUGUGAGCAGCAGAAAUCUGAUCAAGCAACUCUCCUUUUAUACAUAUUACUGCAUCAGAACAGCAAUGUUCGGACAUAUAUGUUGGCUCGCACUGAUAUGGAAAACCUUGUUUUGCCAAUUCUUGAGAUUCUCUAUCAUGUUGAAGAAAGGAAUUCACACCAUGUUUACAUGGCUCUUAUAAUUUUGUUGAUCCUUACAGAGGAUGAUGGCUUCAAUCGAUCCAUUCAUGAAGUGAUAUUGAAAAAUAUCACUUGGUACUCAGAGCGUGUUCUAACCGAGAUUUCACUGGGGAGUCUCCUGAUACUGGUGGUGAUAAGAACCAUUCAGUACAACAUGACAAGGACAAGGGACAAAUACCUUCAUACAAAUUGUCUGGCAGCCUUAGCAAAUAUGUCAGCACAGUUCCGCUCACUUCAUCAGUAUGCUGCUCAGAGAAUCAUCAGUUUGUUUUCUUUGUUGUCUAAAAAACACAACAAAGUUUUGGAGCAAGCCACGCAAACCUUGAGAGGCUCCCUCAGUUCAGAUGACUCUCCACUUCCUGAUUACGCACAAGACCUGAAUGUGAUUGAAGAAGUGAUCAGAAUGAUGUUAGAGAUUAUCAAUUCCUGCUUGACAAAUUCUCUCCAUCACAACCCCAAUUUGGUGUAUGCACUGCUUUACAAGCGGGAUCUGUUUGAGCAGUUUCGAACUCACCCUUCCUUCCAGGACAUAAUGCAAAAUAUAGACCUGGUGAUCGGCUUUUUCAGCUCACGGUUAGAGCAAGCCGGAGCCCAGCUGUCAGUGGAGAGAGUUCUGGAAAUUAUCAAACAAGGAGCUGUUGCAUUGCCCAAAGACAGACUAAGAAAAUUCCCAGAACUGAAGUUUAAGUAUGUGGAGGAGGAGCAGCCUGAAGAGUUCUUCAUCCCCUAUGUCUGGUCCCUGGUGUACAAUUCCGCUGUGGCCCUGUACUGGAACCCACAGGACAUCCAACUCUUUACGAUGGACUCUGGCUGAGGGAGAAGCAGCUAAACAGCAGAGCCAGCUCUGCUCUGUCUUAUCACAGGCGAAGAAACUCGAAACUGCGUGUGAAUACGUGACCCCUCCCAGCGUGCGUCCUCUAAACCUGAAGCUUAGUGAGAAUGAAGCUUGCUACUAUUGUACAGAGCGACUUUGACAUUUUGGUCCCAGACUGCAGCAGACACACUGGAAGCAGAUUGUGGUGUGGGAGAGAAACUGACAAGCUUGGUUGCAAACUUUUAUUUCUAUUUCGUAAAACCUAGAGCUUAUCCAAUGAAAAUGAGGCCUUAGACAUGCAGUGUGAUGUUACCACCACCAAGAAAACUGAUAGCUUUUAAAACUAAAACGGGGAAAAGAGAAAAUAGAGGGUGUACGUUGAUUUGGAAGUAGCAUUUAUAUUUUUAUUACCUUUGACUUCUUUGAGUCAAAGUCUUUGAACACUAUCAUUUUCUACAAUGGACUGUUCAUCUCACCAGUACCAUAUCUCCUCUCAUGGCCAUUAUAUUGGUGACAUUGUAAUGUCUACAAUCUCUAAAAUAUCCAUAUUAAUGCCAUCUGAGUGAGCUAGGCUGCAUUUUAAUCAAAUGAUGUUUCCAGACGGAGAAGAUACUGUGGUGUGGGGAGGAGGGUUUUCAACUGGGAGACUUUUCUUUUGAAGAGCUAUCAAAACACUUUUGAUGGUUAAUAGUCUUUAUGGGGCUUGAAUCACUAGCUUCCAAAGGAAAGUCCCUCACAGACUCACAAUAUGGUACUUCUGUACAAAAGCUUUUCCUGGAAAUUGAUCACAUAAACAAAUCUCCAGAGCAAAGUGUUUAAGUUUGUAAAAGUAGAGCUAUGCCACAUAAAAAGUUUGUGCGCUUUCAGCAGUGUCUGAUGGGAAUCCCUGAUGAAGCUUUGUUAAAAAUCCCCUUUUUGCUGCUAAAGGGAUUAUAGCAGAGGUAUGGAUUUAACACAGUGUGGAACGCUUCAAAAUGAAUGUUUUAAAGUAUUCUUUCCUGGUGGACCUAGCGUAAUGAAAAUAAUUAAAAUACUCUCUCUGCAGGUAGAAAACCAAAGGAAAUAGGUUGACAUUAUUUUAACAGAAUGUCUUUUUCCCCCCCUGCAUAUCAAGGAUCUGUUUGUCUCUGGGACAAGCUCCUGACAGUGUUCACUUCCACAUGCUCACAGAAACUCCUGCUACACCUUGGGCUGUUUUGUGGAAGUCUCUGUCACUAAAUCAAGUGUACUGCAUGCCAACAUAUAAAGAUAAGAGUUCAUUCUUACACAUAUAUGGCAAAUCCCGCAAUUCACUGCCUGACCCAGCAUGUUCUGUUUACAGACUCGGAGGAUAGUGCACAUUCGCUUUCCUCUGAGUGGCUUUAAACAGAGAUUCCUGUGCUCGUUUUUCUUUUGCUGAAGAAGCUGGCAUUGUCCUUUUUUUUUACCUGCUUGUUUGGAAGCAAAGUCCUUGUGGACAAAUGGAACUGCUGGGUUUUCAAAAAACUCCUUUCCCUAUUUAAUUAAAACUGUAAGUACAAAGAGCCGUGCAUAGCAUAGGCAUUCCUAGCGCUUUCGAGUAGCGGUAGUUUUGGGAAGAGGCAACAUGAAGACAGGAGCUGCGACUCUUUUGAGUGUAAAAUAUGGGAAACAAUUGAACUGUGACUUAAGGUAGGGGUAUGUUUGUGCUACAUUUUGGGGUGGUUUGGUUUUUUACCUCUCUGAACAAAAGUCAAAGGGGGAUGAAGGCUUUUGUGUUUGUUGUAGUGAUUUGUAAUUUUACCUUUAAAUAAAGGACUAGAGUGUUUGUGAGCCAGGAGAGGUGCACUGCCCUUAGAAUGGUCAUUCUAACAGUGCACUUUGAAACUGUGGAUUCUGAGACUAACUGGAGGGUUCAGUUCUUCAAGUGACUUAACCACACUGAGAGUCUGGUCUUGCCAAGUAAAGCGCAUCCUCCACCCCCACUGAUUUCAGGGUAGCUGGGGACAUCCAGGACCUCCCGGUUAUUGGCUGGUGUGUCAACUUUGAGAGAAUCUGAUUUUCUUUAAAAGAACUUUGUAUAAGCACAGGGGUGCAUAAAGCAGCAAUCGGAUAUAGGUCAAACAAGACACUGAGUCGAUGAAGGAGUCGUGUAAUAAUUUCAGUUUGUCCUCCUAAUGACAUUGCACUAACGUAAACGAGAAGCGUGCUGGUUCCAGUGCCAUACUUUUCUUGUGCAGUUAAUUAAAAUGCAAUGUGUAUGGAGCCAGCAGGUUUGUAACAGCGGGAGCCAGAAUCCAAAGUUGAAGCAGUAGAGCAAGCCAAGUUUAUACUGAAAUCCGUCCUGGUAUGAUUGAUUCUUUCAAGUUUCCGAGCAUUAUACAGGUAUAGAAAUGUCUUGGAGUCUGCAGUCUGAUGCGUUCACAAAUACUCUAUUUUCCUUCAGAUCUGUAAAGUACCACCUGAGGGAUCCUUUUCAUUAUUUUUGUGUGAAAGAUUUAUUAUGUAGUAAUAAAAAAACUAAACACA